AUGAAGAGAAGAAGCAGAACAUCUGCCUGUGAUGAGGUGUUGGCCAACAACAGCUACACUUCUUGCCGGCCUUCGAGCUCCAGCAAUGCAAAACGGCAGCCACCAUGGGCUCGGAUAAUUUACGAAAGAAGAAUAUACAGCCUUAAAAUAGAAUGUGCACCCAAAUACCCAGAAGCCCCCCCCUUUGUAUGAUUUGUAACAAAAAUUAAUAUGAACGGAGUUAAUAGUUCUAAUGGAGUGGUGGACCCGAGAGCCAUCUCUGUGCUAGCGAAGUGGCAGAACUCGUACAGCAUCCGAGUGGUGCUAUAUGAGCAGCGGCGCCUGAUGAUGGCCAAGGAGAACAUGAAGCCGCCUCAGCCACCCAAGGGGCAGUGCUAUAGCAACUGA